AAGAACCUAUAAUGGUGUCUCAAAAGAAAAAAAAUGGUUCUUCGUAGAACCACAAAGCCUUUUAAGGAACCAUUUAAGAACCAUUAUGUUUCUGUCACAGUCUUGGUGUUAUGCUACUGUUAAGCUAAUAACGUUAGCCGAAGAUACAACGGUCUCCUAACCUUAAUCUACAGGAAUCAGCAUGGAGAAAGACAGCAAGAUGGCUUUGAAUAUCCCCAAACCACUGGGACCAUGGAAGGUCACCGUUUACGACCAGGAGAACUUCCAAGGGAAGCGUCUGGAGUUCACCUCGGCCUGCCAGAACGUCAUGGAGUGCGGCAUGGACAACAUCCGCUCCCUGAAGGUGGAGUGCGGAGCCUGGGCCGGAUAUGAGCACUCCAGCUUCUGCGGACAGCAGUUUGUGUUGGAGAGAGGAGAGUAUCCACACUGGGAGUCGUGGAGCGGCAGCAACGCCUAUCACAUCGAGAGGAUGAUGUCCUUCCGCCCCAUCUUCUCUGCUAACCACAAGGAGUCCAAGAUGGUGUUGUUCCAGAAGGAGAACUUCACGGGACCCCAGUGGGAGAUAAGCGACGACUACCCCUCCCUGCAGGCGAUGGGCUGGGGCAACAACGAGAUCGGAUCCAUGCAAGUUCAGAGCGGCUCCUGGGUGUGCUACCAAUUCCCCGGUUACCGUGGUUACCAGUACAUCAUGGAGAGCGAUCGUCACGGCGGCGAGUACAAACAUUACCGAGAGUGGGGCUCCCACGCUCAGACCUCCCAGGUGCAGUCGCUGCGUAGAAUCCAGCACUGAGACCUGCAGCCUCCUCCUCCUCCUCCUCCUCCUCCUCCCAGUUAUUCCAAGCUUCAUCCAGCUCUUUAAAGAUGUUUAACCACACUUUUGUUUUGUUUUCUUUUGUUGCCCAAUGAAAAUAAAGAGAAUUUAUGGAUAUAAUUAAGACAACAUUUUUAAAUAGUCACUGAAGAGAAUAGUGACCGAGGAGGGAAGAUGGGAGGAAGUUAAAGGGCCCGAUGGCGGCCGGGUGGAGACGUCACUCAGGCAUUGCUCUUCAUAUUUGUGGGUGAAGAUGAUGUUACGAAGUGCAACACAAAAUAAACAGAAACACAAGAGUCUGCUGCUCACCUC